AUGAAGCAAGCCCUUCUUCUGCCCGGCGCACCCGUGCCCACGCCGCCAUCCACCCGCGAGCUCCUUCCGCCCGUGGAGACUGCCGCGCCGCCGCCCGCUCCCACUCCCCGCCCCCCGGACCCCGCCGGCUUAAGUCCAGAGCCACACCUGAAGGCCGCUCCAGGAGUCGCUCCCCCGCCAAGCGCGGGACAGGGGGCGUCAGUCGCAGGCCCCGAGGCCUCAAGGCCUCAACCGCAUUUUGAAACGGCGAGGAAAGAAGGCGCAACUUCCGGCUUCUCCAACGCUCCUCACAAGCGCUUCCGGAGGCUGAAGAGCGGAAACGCAGCGUGGGCGCUUUUGGGGGAGAUCAGACUAGUAGACACCGGGCGACUGCAAGACGUCAUGGGAAAUGCCAAACGCGCAAAGCACGAUGAAAUGGGGUCCUCCAGUCUACGCUUUCGCAAUAUAAAAGUACCUUCAAACCUGUCGGGCUAACUCUCUUCGAACUCUUGCUGGGACCAAGCAGCAUUACCGCCCCUAAAUACCUCAUUCCGUUUAACUUCAGGGAGAUUCUACAAGUUAGAGGGAGUCCUGAGCAGACAUAAUGUUACUUUGCAAUUUCUAGUGAUUAUAGUUCUGCUCUUUGGAGAACUGAGUAGUGUCUGUUCGGUUAUUUGAAGACAGCUAGCAUAAACCAUCCCUAACCCUGUUUGAUUUUCUACAAACUAAAAAAUCCCGUCAGCGUCUCCAGCUAUUU